AUGGUAAUGGCACUCAGAGUGAAAGCAGGUAUGUGGCUGGCAAGACCCUGGCAGUGCCUACACAGCAGGAGGGCGCUGGGCACCACAGCAGCGCCAGCCCCCAAGACACCACAGCCCUUUGAAGCUAUACCGCAGUACUCCAGAAACAAGUGGCUGAAGAUGCUACAGAUCCUGAGGGAGCAGGGCCAAGAGAACCUGCAUCUGGAGAUGAACCAGGCCUUUCAGGAGCUGGGGCCCAUUUUUAGGUACAACAUAGGAAGAACACAGAUAGUGUCCGUGAUGUUGCCAGAGGAUGCUGAGAAGCUGCUCCGGGUGGAGAGCAAACACCCUCACCGGAUGCACCUGGAGCCCUGGGUGGCCCACAGAGAACGCCGUGGCCUGAGACGUGGCGUGUUCUUGCUAAAUGGGCCCGAAUGGCGCUUCAAUAGACUGAGGCUGAACCCAAAUGUUCUGUCACCGGAAGCCGUUCAGAAGUUUGUUCCUAUGGUGGACACGGUAGCAAGGGACUUCGUGCAGAACAUGAAGAAGAGGGUAUUCCAGAAUACUCGUGGGAGUCUUACCAUGGACAUCCAGCAAGGCCUCUUCAAUUAUACCAUAGAAGCCAGCAAUUUUGCUCUUUUUGGAGAGCGGCUGGGCCUCCUUGGCUAUGACCUGAGUCCUGGCAGCCUGAAGUUCAUCCACGCCUUACAUUCCAUGUUCAAGUCUACCACCCAGCUCCUGUUCCUACCCAAGAGCCUGACUCGAUGGACGAGCAACCGGGUGUGGAAAGAACAUUUUGAUGCCUGGGAUACCAUCUCUGAGUAUGCCAACAGAUGUAUCUGGAAGGUGCACCAGGAGCUCAGAAUUGGCAGUCCUCAGACCUACAGUGGCAUUGUGGCAGAGCUAAUAUCUCAGGAAGCUUUGCCUCUUGACGCCAUCAAAGCCAACUCUAUGGAGCUCACCGCUGGGAGUGUAGACACGACAGCAAUCCCCUUGGUAAUGACCCUUUUCGAGUUGGCUCGGAACCCAGAUGUUCAGCAGGCCCUUCGGCAGGAGAGCCUGGCAGCUGAGGCCAGCAUUGCUGCCAAUCCUCAGAGGCUUAAGUCAGAAUUGCCUCUGCUGCAGGCUGCCCUUAAAGAGACCUUGAGGCUCUAUCCUGUUGGUAGUUUUUUGGAGAGAAUUCUAAGCUCAGACUUGGUGCUUCAGAACUACCAUGUCCCUGCUGGGACAUUGGUCCUGUUUUAUCUGUACUCCAUGGGCCGAAACCCUGCAGUGUUCCCAAGGCCUGAGCGUUAUAUGCCUCAGCGCUGGCUGGAGAGGAAGAGGACUUUCCAGCACCUGGCCUUUGGCUUUGGGGUGCGCCAGUGCCUGGGGAGGCGCCUGGCAGAGGUGGAGAUGCUGCUCCUGCUGCACCACGUGCUGAAAUCCUUCCACGUGGAGACACUAAGGCAAGAGGAUGUGCAGAUGGUCUACCGCUUUGUUUUGAUGCCCAGCUCCAGCCCCCUCCUCACUUUCCGGCUUGCCAGCUAGUCACUUCUGCAUCUGGGGUCCCGGUCAGGCCACCUCUUCUGUCUACCUCUUCUAUCCUGACACUCAAGGCCACACUUCUUUGCCAACAGGAUUUCUUUUGGGUCACACUGUCAGCCUCCAACACCUGUACAUGGUUCAUAGCUGAAGACCUCCAGGGUGAGGGACUGGCAAGGCCAGGGAAGGGAUUGAGAGACUCUUGGUGCCAACAAGAAAUCUCUGCUGGGUUAUUUUUCCCAUCCUUUCCAGUAGCGCGUGUGCGCGCGUGCGCGCACACACAUACACACACGGAUUUGUGGGGACAGAAAGAUAGAUAUAUGAUAGGCAGUUAGAUAGAUAGAUAGACAUACAUACAUAUGUUCAUAGGUACAUAGAUACAUAGAUGCAUAGACAGAUAUCUCUGUGUUUUGGUUAACGUGGCUUGACAGUGGAGUUGGAACAGAUGAGCUGGUGAGUCAGUACAGCAUAUUUAAGAGUAGGGACAUCUGCCCUCGCUAAGGACUGGGUGGUGGUGGCAUCAGAGAUGCAGGAGGACCCCUGGAGCCUGAUAACGUGUGAACUUCCUACCAGGAUGGUUGCCUUCUUCCAGGAGGUCAAGGUGCUGACUGACUUCUGCCAGUGCCCCCUGGACAAAGCUUUAAUCUCCUGAAUCGUGAAAGUGGCUCAGAGCACACGCAUUUUGCAGGCUUCCUUUCAGCUGUGAAUUUAAAGGAAAGAAAAGUUUUGGCCAAGAACAACUAUUUCACAGGAUCAGGGGAAGUACUGAAGCCCAUCUACCUGAGCUUUGUGUGAUAGUCUCCGAAGUAUGAGCCAGUGUGGAGAUGGGGCCUUUAACCAGGUAAUUCAUGUAAAAUGAGGCUACUGAGUUGUGCCUAAUCCAAUCCCCCAGACUGCCUCACAGAGAGAGAGUGAGGUUACAGGCCCACAGAGGCAGCCUCCAUGAAGUUGGUCUUCUGUAAGCCAUGAAAAGAAGUCAGGGAAUUUCUGCUCUCUUAGUUCCUUCACUCAGUCUCUCACCUCCUUGCUUGUGAAAAAUGAUCUUCUGUUGUUGAAGUCCUAGUUUAAAGUCUUUUGUUGUGAUGGUAAUAGCCAUUAUGACCUUCUAAGCACAAACUAUCUGUGGUUAAUAGUCCCCUAACACACACACAUACACACACAUGCACACACACACACACACACACACAAAUCCAGCUCAUGGCACUACUGUGAGGUGGUGAAUAUUAUGGGGUAUAGUUCAAUAGGCAAGAAUCUGGGUCUCAGGGGUAUGUUCUUGAAGGGGCUGUUGUGGGGAGCAGUCUGGGAUUCAGCUCUCUCAUUUUCUGAGGAGUCAGCCUGUGUGUCACAAUGAUAAAUUUUUUAAUAUUAGUAGUUUAAAAAUUAGUGCACAAAACAUUGGUUCCAUUGUGAUGUUCUUAUGUGUUCACGGCUAAUCUUGAUUUCCACUUAUUGAUAUGGCUCUAUUCCUGGGAAAACCUAAAGACUUCACAAAGCUCCGAGCUUAUUAUUGCAUUUAAGAGAGUGACAAGAAUACUGCGCAUCCACACUGAACUUUCUCAGGCAAAAAAACCCAAAAAAAUCUCUUCACUUAGAGUUACUCAAAAUACCCCUUAGGUAUAAACUAGCUAGGGAAGUGAAAACUGACAAUAGUAAGAUGCCCAAUCCUCAUUCAGAAAGGCAAAGAGGAUGGACAUUGGAAGAGGGAGAAAACAGGGAACAGGACAGGAGCCUACCACAGAGGGCCUCUGAAAGACUCUACCCUGUAGGGUAUCAAAGGAGAUGCUGAGACUCAUAACCAAACUUUGGGCAGAGUGCAGGGAAUCUUAUGAAAGAAGGAGGAGAUAGAAAUACCUGGAGGGGACAGGAGCUCCAUAAGGAGAGCAACAGAACCAAAAAAUCUGGGCAAAGAGGUCUUUUCUGAGACUGAUACUCCAACUAAGGACCAUUCAUGGAGAUAACCUAGAACCCCUGCACAGAUGUAGCCCAUGGCAGCUCAGUGUCCAAGUGAGUUCCCUAGAAAUGGGAAUAGUGACUGUCUCUGACAUGAACUCAGUGGCUGGCUCUUUGGUCACCUCCCACUGAGGGAGUAGCAGCCUUACCAGGCCACAGAGGAAGACAAUGCAGCCAGUCCUAAUGAGAUCUGAUAGACUCAUCAGAUGGUAGGGGAGGAGGACCUCCCUUAUCAGUGGACUGGGGGAGGGGCAUGGGAGGAGAAAUGGAGGGGAGGUGGGAAUGGGAGAGGACAAGGGACAGG